AUGUCUUCUUUAAAGCGUAUUACUAAAGAACUUAAUGAUUUGGGAAGAGACCCCCCAACUUCAUGCUCUGCUGGUCCAGUAGGUGAUGAUGUAUAUCACUGGCAAGCCUCUAUCAUGGGUCCUCCAGAUUCCCCAUAUGCAGGCGGUGUUUUCUUCCUAUCAAUCCAUUUCCCAACAGAUUACCCCUUCAAACCACCAAAGAUCUCUUUCACCACUAAGAUCUACCACCCAAAUAUCAACGCUAAUGGUAACAUCUGUCUAGAUAUCCUAAAAGAUCAAUGGUCUCCAGCUUUAACUAUCUCUAAGGUCUUGUUGUCCAUUUGUUCUCUUCUAACAGACGCUAACCCUGAUGAUCCUUUGGUCCCUGAAAUCGCUCAUUUGUAUAAGACCGAUAGAGCUAAGUACGAGGCUACUGCUAGAGAAUGGACUAAGAAGUAUGCUAUUUGA